CGCCCGCCACGGCCCCAAGCCCCGGUCCGGUGGCGGGGAUGCGGACAGCUGCGGGCGUCCGCGGUGGCGGCUUUCGGCGGCGGCUGCUGCUGCUGCUGCUGCUGCUGCUCUCCGCGGCUCUGAGCUUCCCGGCCGAGCAGCCCGGUUUUCAGCCACUUUCGCAUCUGUCUUCCUAUGAAAUUACCGUUCCCAAGAGGAUUGAAAGAGAACAGCUAGAGGCAUCCCAGAAAACUUGGGCUUUGGUAUUUAAGCAUGGGGGAACUUCCUUCCAGUUAACUGAAGCGAUAUGGAACAGAUUGUUUGGAAGCCCCUGCAAAAUCACGAAUACUAUACUCUUUGUAGGCUGGCGCUUUCAAAGGUGGUCUUAGGGAGCAAGCAGGCAUAAUCUUUGCAGAGCAGAGGGAAUGUUGGAAAUGGCCUUCUUGUGAUAGAGGCAAAGGUUGCAUAUGGCUGUGAUGGGCAUGUAAGGAUGUAAUGCUUUGUGGGAAUGACCCUGGGAGACGGAGGAAGAGAUGCUGCCUAGGGAAUGGUCAGAUAAGAGAGGCAUAGCCUGCAGCUGCAUAAUGGGCGGAGAAAGAGGCUCAGGAGGGACCCUCCCUAGUUUCUCAGGCUGUAAAGGAGAUGUGGGGGGGAUUGUACUUUCAGACUUGCAAGAUUCUGUCAAUGUAGCCUUCCAAGAAAGUAGAAUUAGCUCAUCUGGUCGUGUUUCCUGUCUGGUCUACCAGGUAAGGCUGACAGACAUUCUACACGUUUGUAGCCAAACCUUAGGGGCAGCACGAAUUGGUUAACAUCUGUGCCAGCUUCUCCCAACUGGGUGGUCUCCACUGUCUUGAAUGGUGGUUCUCUGAACUGGCUCUUUUGUUUGCUGGGGAUGAUGGAAAUCCCAUUUGGACAUACAUGGAGGUUAUCAGAGUGGGGAAGCCUAGUCUUAUCAUCCUGAAAGUUGGCCCAGGAAUACUUCUGUUGGGGAAGGGGAGAACAGCAGAUAAUAUAUAACCUUCUGGAGCCUCAAGUCUUGAGGCGCAACAUUCAAGUCUAUCAAGUGAUUUUUGGCAGUUAAGGCAAAAAAAUUCCACAGAUGUCUUGCCUGAUUCCUGGCAAUAAAAAAAUGGCAGUAAAUUGCAGUAAAUUGUCAUCAGCAAUUUGCUAUUGUUUCAUGG